CACUGUGCGUCACAUACCAGCGCCGGAAGUUGGUAUCGACACCGAGACGAGCCGGAUUGUAUUUGGAAACGCGGAGAAGUUUUCCCGUGUUGCGUAGGGACUAACAAUGGACACUCAGAAGGACGUUCAGCCUCCAAAGCAGCAACCAAUGAUAUAUAUCUGUGGAGAAUGUCACACAGAAAAUGAAAUAAAAUCUAGGGAUCCAAUCAGAUGCAGAGAAUGUGGAUACAGAAUAAUGUACAAGAAAAGGACUAAAAGAUUGGUCGUUUUUGAUGCUCGAUGAAACCUGGGAAUUCAGAGUAAUGUCUUCACUUACACUUAGAUUUGCUCUCUCAAAGUUUCUAAUUGUUGUAUAGCUUUUGAUUUUGCAUACAGUAGUUUCCCCUUCAGGGGAUGCAUCCCAAGGCCCCCCAGUGGACUGAAACCUCAGAUAGUACCAAACUUUUAUACACCUUUUUUCUAUAUAUACAUACCGAUGAUAAAGUGUAAUGUAUAAAUUAAGCACAGCAAGAGAUUAAUAAAAUGGAACAAUGAUAACAUACUGUAAUAAAGUUAUAUGAAUGUGAUUGGUCUGGCUCUCAAAAUAUCUUCUUAUACAGUGUACAGUACUCACCUAUUUUCGAAUGUGGUUGACUACAGAUAACUGAAACCACAGAAAGGAAACUUGGAAUGAAUGAGGCACUGCUGUACUUAGGAAUACAACUAUAUACAUAUGAUUUGAUUUUUAAGACCAUAUUGUAUUUAAUAUUUUGUAUAAAGCAAUUUUUUGUUCCAUUACAUGACUUUUUGUUUUACUGUAUAUGUAAUCUGACACACAAGUAAGGGUAAAGUUGCUUACCCAAACCACACUUUUAGUUAAAACCUAGAAUCAUCUGUGGUGCUUGUUAAAAAUGCAAGUUUCUAGAACCCUCUGAAGUUGUGAUUAAAUAAAUUUAUUGGAAACCA